AUGAACUUGUUUGAGUUGGAGGAAAUCAGAAUGAAUGCCUAUGAGAACUCCCUGAUCUAUAAGAUGAGAACAAAGGCAGCCCAUGACAAACUGAUCCGCCUUAAGGACUUCAAGGCUGGGGACAGUGUGCUUUUGUAUAACUCCAAGCUAAGGUUGUUUCCCGGGAAGCUAAGGUCGAAGUGGGCAGGACCAUUCAAGAUCCACGAAGUUUUGCCCUAUGGAUCCCUCACUCUGCUCAAUCAAGAGGGGAAGGAGUUCACAGUGAAUGGGCACAGAUGCAAGCCAUAUCUAGGAAUGACCCCCACAGAGGAGAUCAUCACUCCUCUACAAGAUCCAACCCCGGCCUAA